AUGUUAGUUCGAGCGUCGGCAUAUCCUCGUACAAAGUGGAGCGCUCUGGCGUUUCUGGAAGGUUUCUAUGGCCUUCCGCGCGGGUGCCUCGUCUCUCCAGAUGAUCUCCUUCGCACAGAAGGGAAGAAAAGUGGGGAGACUUGGUGCGUGACCCGAAAGGUGUGCACGGAGGUAGCGGGUGCUCAUCUGCCCGAGCCGACCAGCAGUGGUGUCACCCGUCUUCCAGGUAACGCGCUGACGGUUGCGCAUGCGUUUACCCAUGCAGAUAAGCAAUGCGUUGACUUUCAGUUGCCGUGCGUCACGGCCGCGCCUGCUGCUUCUGACGGGCUCGCUAGGGGGGUGAUAUCCUCUGAUGCCCCUGCUACAGUUUGGAAGCUGUUCGGGGAGAUAAAGGCGAAACCGUUAUGGAUAAAAAAGGCAGCUGAACUGGACCAGGUUCUGCGGACGGCCGCCGAAGUGUUUGGUGAAAAAGCUGUAGGCGAGUUGGGAUGGAUGAUUGGAGACACGCUUGUUUGCGAAGAAGCAGCAGGCGAAGAGGUGCCGUUAAAAAAGCUGCAUGAGUGGUUUGAAAGCCACGACCCAGAGAAGGGACAUCUGCAGCGAAGGGGUACAGCAGAAGCUGAGGCUGGCGAGCAUCCAGCGGAGAGAGCGCCUUCAAAGAAUUCCACGCGUGUGUCUUUGUCGACAAGCGGAUCUGCGACUCACUUGACCGGCGCCAGUGAAGCAGAUGGCCGUUUCGGUGUCCACACCUAUCUCGGCGCCAUUGGAGACAUCCGAGAGGCAUUUAGGGCGGGUUUCGAUCUGGUGUAUGCUGAUGAGAAACUUGGUAAAUACAUUGCACAAGGGCCUGUUCGUUUGCUCAAUGCCUUUUUUCGGACCAAAGCGUAUGGCCGUCAGACAGACGUCGAAGAGCUCCGUAGGAUAGCGGCCGAAGUUGGGGGCUUCGAGACGUUCCUGCAUCCGGAAUUGGCAGUGAGCACAGGGGAAAAGAAAUCGGAGAGCGGUGGAGAACCGCAGUUCAGCUCUGGUAGCGGAGGCGAUGAAAAGUUUUUACAGGCAGUCCAGGACGUCAUGGUGAUGCUGCUGAGUCUGCACGACCACUGUCUCGUCGGCUUCUUGGCCACGCUCGGAGUUUACGACCACGCCAUUGUUCCUCCUGGUGCGCGAGUCUACGUGGAACUGGUUCGGAUUGAUAAGCCCUUCAAGGCAGCCCGAGGAAGGACACACGAUGCUGGAAGCUCGUCGCGACAGGAGACCCCGUUCGUGAGGGGCAGGGGACGCGACACUAUCCCGCAAAAAGUGUCUGACGGCGGCGUACGCGAUGGGAAUACUAAUCGGGGACAGCAACCAGAUACACGUAUCGAUGAUGAGGGGGCGACUACCAGCGUCAGCCUGGGAAGCACUGAAUCAAACCGGGAACUGCCCACGUUUGAGGGCGCGUAUACAGAGCAUCGCCGAGACUGGCCACCGUCAGGAUUUUUCGUACGCCUUUCGUACGGCGGGCCAGAACGCUCGAUGCAAGAAAUAGCGCUACCCUUUUGCGCAGAAAAGAUGAGCCCUGACGACACUCGGCUUGAAAAUCUUUGUCCACUGGAUGUAUGGUUAACGUGGACGUACGAAGAACUGGACCGCUAA